AUGGACGCUGAUCCACAGGGUCCUGUAACUAGCAAUCAUACGAAGACCGCAGUCACGGGCAAAGCGCACUAUGAACUAUUAUUAUACUGCGCUGGUUCUCAGCCCGAGCCACCUGAAUCAGGGGAGCGAAGCCAAUUCCAGCAGUUCCUAAUUAAUUAUUGCUUGGGCGUUCCCGGGAAUUCUUGGACCGCCGCUGACAAGCUGCUGGAAAAUGCGCAGCCACAGGAACAAAGCUCAGAAGCCACGGCCAGACAAGCUUACGCUGCGUACGGAGUAGGGACUGACAAGGCUGGCAACAGGAUUUGA